GGAGGAAGAAUUCUCCACCCCGCUGUAACAGCCUGAUUUUGCCAUAUUUUGCUGCUUCCUUCACACACACACUGCUACGAUGGCCUCGGCACAUGACAGAGCUGUUCUCCAGGCUAUAUUCAACCCCACCACCCCAUUUGGAGACGUUCCUGGCCUUAACCAAGAGGAGGAAUUAAUUGACGACGACAGCGGCUUUGACACAGAGUUGCUGAAGCAAGUGAAAGAGUUGGAGAUGCGGGGUGUCUCAGCGGCAGAGGCUGGGGAUUUGCAAGCCGCACUUCAACUGUUCAGCCAGGCAAUCCAGAUCCUGCCUCAGCGAGCCUCAGCCUAUAACAACCGGGCACAGGCCCUGCGGCUGCAGGGGGACGCAGCAGGAGCCCUGGAGGACCUGGACCGAGCGAUUGCUCUGAGCGGCGGCGCCGGACGAACUGCCAGCCAGGCGCUGGUGCAGAGAGGCCUUUUACUCAGAUUAAAAUGCCAGAAUGAUAAAGCAAAGGCGGAUUUUGAGAAGGCAGCUGCGCUUGGAAGUGAAUUUGCCCGACAGCAGGCCGUGGCUCUUAAUCCGUACGCCGCCCUCUGCAACAAAAUGUUGUCGGAGGUGAUCAACAAGCUACGCAACCCAGAGGUGUCCGAGAUGCAGUAGAUGGUGUCGACAGUUUGUGCACCUGAUUCUGUUAUGAAGCCUGAGGUCAAUAAAGUUGCCUUUUUAUA